UUUGCCAGUUUGACGAAAGACGUUCGCGAGUGCGGUAACGGUAAACCCAAAAACGAACAGUAAACAAAAAUAAAUGUCGCUGUCUGUCGCAAAGGCGCAGGGGGUUGAAAUUGAAAUUAACAUUGCAUCAGCAUAAGGCGCAAUAACUUUUCUGCAAAAAGUGUUCGAAGUGUAGUGAGGAUAUACUCUCUAAACAUAUAAAUAAUAAUUACAACAUUAUUAUCAUCUAUGUCUGUAUGUAUGUAUGUCUGUUGGUGCAAGUGCAAAGUUAAAUAAAAAAAUCAAAUAAACUGCAACAUUAAACACACACAACGUACACUGUGCAGUUUGCGGGCUAGCUGUGACUUAAACACGCCGUGUUGCGCCUCUAUCCAAGGGUGAACGGGAGCGUUCCAGCCACCCUCGCCCACCCUCGGCCGCCUUGAAUAAACUUUCAUCCCAAUCGUGUGCUGUGAAAAUCACACAACAAAAACAAGCGCAGAGUUUUAGUUUUUAUUCGCACAGCCAUUUGCUUAGUGCCACAGCAAAGCCGCGGGCGUGGCGUCCACGGAAACGGACACGGACACGGCUAGGGACGCGGCGACAGACGCUCGCACACACAAACACACACACACACACACGCGGAGACAGUAGCGGCAGUUGCAACGGGACCAUUUCAAUUUUUUGUCUCUCGUUUUCGUCGUGUGUUAAUUUGUCCUGCAUUUGCAGCAACUGUGAAAAAUAACUGCGCAAAGUUUUACUUUCGCUCGUGGAAAAUAUUUGAUGCAUUCGCAGUCGACGGCUACUGAAAACGAAAAUCAUCAAACGAAAAGUUGAGCAAUUAAGGGAUUAAAAGCAAGGAUUCGAACUGGGACAGAGGAAAACAUCAUCAUCGGAAUCAGCGGCCAACAUCUGUGGCAUAUCGGGUGUGUGUCUCUCUCUCUGUCUCCCCCACUCUGUGUACGUAUUUCCUCGGGUCUGUUUGUAAUGGUAGUCAGAAUGUUAGAGCGGGCUGCGCAUGGUGCAAAUUGUGGCAGUUGAAAUACUUGCGGUCGGGCGCAGCACACUUGUACAUUCGUAUUCAAUAUCUGGGCAACUAGCAACUAGCAUAGAGCGACUGCGACUGGGACAGACACAGGCACUGGCUCUGGCUCUCGGGCACUAGGACUGGGAGCGCUUCAGUUGUGUGUGAGGUAUGCAAAUAAACGGUCUGGCUGCCGGACCAACCAUGGCCGCAUCAGAGCCACCAGAGCCGCCGCCACGCAAUCCGGAUCGCAUAAAUGCCUCGCUGCACAAGCUCGGCGAAUCCAAAAUUGUCAAGUCACUGGACUCGAGUGUGGGUGCGCUCAAAGAGAAGUCCGUCAACAACAACAAGCCCGUUAAGCCGGUGCUUUCCUUGGACAACAGCAGCAGCAGCUGCAUCAACCAGGCGGCUGGUGGAGGCAUCGCCUCCUCGACCUCAUCGGCAGGCGCAGCGCCAUCCGCAUUAAAGCAGAACAGCCUACUGGCAGGCAAACGGGAACUGACACCCUCUGCCUCCGAUACCAGCAGCAGCUCCCCGGCCAGCUCGAAUGGGAGCAAUCAGACGCUCACGCCACCCAUGACCAUCGACAACCAGAAUCGCCUGGCCGCCAAGGGCGACACAUUGGGACAAGCACAAGCUGCGGUGAUUGGGAUUGGGAUUGGUCUACCACAGUCGCAAUUAGUGAAUGGCAGCAGCGCCAACUCCGGCACCACAAUAUCCACGGCAGCCAUGAUCCAUGCGAAUAACUCAAAUUUGAUUGCCGCCGGUCACUUGGCCCAGGUCAACGCCAGCGGCAGCCAGCUCAACGCCGUCGACAAGAGAAAUGCGAAUGAUGUUUGCUCGAUUGUGAAAUUAAUGGAACCGGAGCUGGCAGCGGUCGGCGCAGCCUCAUUACCUACCAUAUCGAAGACAAUGAAAGUUAAAUCCGCAACGGCAAUGCCCGUACCCAUGCCCACGGCCGUGCUGAAGCCGUUGGCAUCCCCAACGUCCUGCUCACCGACAUCGGCUGCAUCCGCCGCGCUGCUGAUGCUAGAGGCAAGCACCACAAGCCAACACAUAAACUCGAACAGCAUUCCUGAUGGCAAUCGCAAUGACGAGUCAAAGUUCAUAUUUCGUCCAGAGACAGCCAUGAAGCUGCGCGAGGAGAACGAACGUUUGAAUGCGGAGCUGUUCCGCCUGCGCCGGCUGCUCGAGCAUUCGACGGACGGAGCCGUAGGUGGUGCUGAACCAGGCGCCGCCGACCUGGAUGCAGCCCAGCCAUCUGCGUCGCAGGAGCGCGUAGAACGGCUGGAAACGGAGCUGCGUAGCGUGAAAAAUCAGUUGCUGACCAUGCGGCUGGAACGUAAGAAACUGCGCACCGACAAAUCCGAUCUCUUGGGCCAGGUGAAACAGUUGUGCGCCUCGCUGCAGGAGAAGGAGCAGGAGUUGCGCGACUUUAUACGCAACUAUCAGGAGCGUGUGCGCGAGACAGAGUCAACCAAUGCCAAGAUCUCGGGCGAUCGUGACCGUGAGCGCUUCCAGCUGCUGAAGCAGGCGCGCGACGAGGCCGAGCGCUCACUCGCACUGGCCCAGCAGCUAUCGGCGCGCGAUCUUCAGCUGCAGCGGCUGCAGGAACAGCUGCAAGAGGCGCGACGCCAGCUGACGGGCUGCUUAUCCGACCAGGAGAGCCUGCAUUCAUUCGCACCAUUGACGCCACCAUCGGCUGCGUCCGGCAUGCUCAGCCAGAUGGCCGGCGGUUCAGGUCUAGCGGGCAACCUGAGCGGCCUGCGUGGCACAGCCGAGGACAGUGGCCGUGGCAACUCGAACUCAUUGUCGGCGUUUAGCGGCAGCCUCAGUGGUGGCUCCGGCGCCACAGUCGGAGAUCGCAACUCCUGCUCCAAUGACUCGGGCCUACGGAAUAGCAGCGAUCGCGAGAGCACCGGCGGGGAGCUCAACUUCAGCGACGGCACCUGCGACAACGGGCCCUGCAUCACCGUCGAUCCGGACAGCAUCUCUCUAGUCUCCAGCCAGAACAUGUACCAAUUUGGCACGCCCAAGGAACGCAGUCCUACACUCUCACCUCUGAACUCGGGCGCCUAUUCCAGAUCCGUGGAGCAGCUCUCGCCGGAUGCCGAGGGACCAGGCGGAGCUGGCGCCAUAACUCGCAAGUUUGGUAACAAAAGCGGACCGUUGGGCGCACGAAAUGGACGCGGCGGCACCUGGGGCAGCAUCUCGCGCGUCUUUGCACGCUCCCGUAACAAGAGCAAGGCCAUGUCCGCCGAUGGAGUGACCGAGUACAGCGACUACUCAUGGAAUCCACUAUCCGAGGAGGGCUAUGCCGAAAAGCUGCGACUGCUACGUGAGGCAUCCCAGCUGCCCAUAGAACGCUGGCGGGCCACACAGGUGCUGGCCUGGUUGGAGGUGGCGCUGGGCAUGCCACAAUAUAGCGCACGCUGUGCGGAGAACGUGAAGAGCGGCAAGGUGCUGCUCGAGCUGAACGACGUUGAGCUCGAGGCCGGCUUGGGUUUGGGCCAUCCCAUGCAUCGCAAGAAGUUGCGCCUGGCCAUUGAGGAGCAGCGACGUCCAGAGCUGGUGCGCUAUCCACUGAUCACACAACUGGGUCACACUUGGGUUGCCACCGAGUGGCUGCCGGACAUCGGAUUGCCGCAGUAUGCUGAGCCCUUCCUGCAGUCGCUGGUGGAUGCCCGCAUGCUGGACACCCUGUCCAAGAAGGAGCUGGAAAAGUUUCUCGGUGUGACGCGAAAAUUCCAUCAGGCCAGCAUUGUACAUGGCAUUCACGUGUUGCGCAUUGUCAAAUAUGACCGUCAGACGCUGGCCAUGCGACGGGUGCAAUCGGAGACUGUCGAUACGGAUCCCAUUGUCUGGACUAACCAACGCUUCAUACGCUGGGUGCGCUCCAUUGACCUGGGCGAGUACGCGGACAACCUGAAGGAUAGCGGCGUCCAUGGCGGACUUGUUGUGCUGGAGCCAUCCUUUUCGGGCGAUACCAUGGCUACGGCGCUGGGCAUUCCCCCAUCAAAGAACAUAAUACGACGACAUCUUAAUACGGAAUUUGAUGCCCUCAUCCUGCCCGCAAGAGCAACUUUGGGUCAAGGCAUUCGUUCCGGUUGCGGCAUAGUGCCCCUAACUGGACCCGGCGGACUGCAGCACUAUGCCACAACAGAUCGGCGAUCGAGUGGCAACUUGCGGAUUUCGGCAUGGAAAGGAUCUCAGAGCUCUCUUUCAAAAGCCUUUCGGUUCAACAGCAAACCCCAUCGUGCCGGCGAUCGCAGCUCCUUCGGAAACUCCACCUCCCCAACGCCAUCGUACAGCAGCAGCGAGGGCGGCGGUGGAGGAAUAUACGCUACAAUAGGUCCGCAGCAAAUGCUGUCGCAUCACCAUCAUCCUUCCCAUCAUUUCCUACCGCCGCCCACAACCGCACCGCCACCGCCGCCACCAAGCUCUGGCAGCUCCAAUUACGGCCCACCCGGGCAUCGUGUGAGUGCCCCACCCGUUGGCAGCAUCCUAGAUCCCAACGGGCUGGACAGCCACCUGCUCUACGAGCAGAAUAGUCGACGGGUGAAGAGCAUCAGCGACAUUGGGGUGGCAGCCAGCGGCAGCAUGGGUGCCUGCAGUCUGGGUGGCAUAUCCGCAUCAUCAGACUCUCCUGAAUGAACAUCUGAUUGCAGCUAACAUAUUCCCUUUAUAUGAUCGGAACCAGCUAAUCGGUAUAUCAUAUAAAAUAUUAUUUCACCUAUUUCCCUUACGCCUCAUCUGGCAUUCCAAAGUGAUAAGUUAAGAGUGAACAAACCAAAGUUUAGCGAUAGUAAUUUGAAAAGGAUGCGAUUAGAUUCAACUCAACACCCACCUCAAAGAAAUUACGUUACAUUCCACAAGAUACAAACACACAACCACUAAGCAUAUUUGAUUAAAUCAGAUUGAGGUAAACUACAGAACAGAAAACUUGAAUAUUUAUUGAAUAUAUAUGUGAAAACAUAUAGGAUAAGUUCUAUGCACGCAAUUAAGAGAAAACAUUUAAUUAAUUGAAUUAAUUAACCACAGAGCAUUCGGGCCAUUUGCCCGGAAAACAAGCUCCAACUAAAAACAAUUUAACUUUAUUAUAGCCUAAUCAAAUCGUAUGUAAUUGUACAUUUUUUUUUUAAAUGAAUUUCAUUUAAUACUCGACCACAAUUGCUGUGAGGCGAGUGGGCAAUAUAUUUAAAUGUCAGCGGAGAUUGGAUUUGAAAUAAUACCCUUAAGCGUAAUUGCAAUUUAGAUAAAUUGAAAUUAUUAUUUUGUAAGCGCCCAACCAAACUAUCGUGUAGCUAAGCAAAUGUGAAACCACCCCCAGAAUAAAUCAAUUUUGCAAAAGUGCAGUAUUGUGCAAAUUGUAAAUGGCUAUUAAUAUAGGUCUAGGUAAUAUAAAUAAAUAUAUGUAUUAAUCACAUGUGUAUGUACUUUUCAACAGAAUUAAUUGAGACUAACAAAUCACAGCAAACGUAAUCCGCAAUAGUCAUACUGUUAAACUUUUCCAAAAUAUAACUGAAAUAUCUUUCCUACCAUUACGACAACUGAAACAUAUAUUGUAUCAAUAAUAUGAGAUGUUUACUUUUAAGCAGACCAAUUUAAUUCUAGAUUUACAAUUACAAGCCGAUAAUAUAAACGAAUAAAUUAAUGAUCAAAAACCUCGAUUGUCAAAA